GCUCUCUUUGCUGGACGUUACUUGCUUCAGAAAGUUCCUUCAAGAGGUGCUUAGCAGAAAGCUAAACAGCAGAAUGGCGGCAGACAACAACAUGGCUCCUGAAAAGAAACCGAGCACGACUCCUGUGAAAAGAGCUGUCCACAAGAUCCGAACCGCCAGCCUUGUCUUCAGCUUAGCCCGAGGAUGGCAGCAGUGGGCAAGUGACCACAAUGUAAAGCAAGCCCGAGAACCCCCUGGGUGGGUCCCCAGUGCAGGAGACAUAUCAGCUCAGUCAGUGCAAGAAAGACACUUUGAAAAACAGCCAGUUCCAUCUACCAAGAGGGAUGAUGAAAAAUCCUCAGCAAAUGAAUUGGUGACAAGAGAUGCUGAAAAAAAGUCAAGAGAAUCUGAUGAAGCUCUUAAAAAGGUCAACAUUAAAAGCAAAGAGGUGCUGAAAACUGUUGUAAGUAAAGCCUAUGAAAGAGCAAGCGAUGUUAGCCUCCUCAGUGGCAGAUAUGAGAACAACCAUGGCAGCUCAGAGAUGACCAAGUUCAAAGAAGAAUCAAAUGGUAUUGACAAAAUUCUUAAUUGGAAAUUAUCUCCCACUAUAAGGAGAAAAUGUUCAAACAGAGUAUCAGACCUGAUUGAGGGCUAUAAAGAGAACAAAUUAGGAACUAGGGAAGAACUGCUGUUGAAGCACCAUGAUGACAGCAUGGAUACAGAAGACAGUGGCUACGGGGAAGCAGAAGACAAACUUGAGCCAGAGGACAACAGCCAAGAGGUGAUCCCUGUGAAGAUUAAACAACCAUCUCUCAUAAGCAAGUGCAGUGAAGAAAGAAGCAUCAAAGCUCAUAGGAAGUACAGUCCUGUUAGCAGCCUGAAGAACAGAUGGCAGGAAUGGGCAGACCAGCACAUCAUAACGCAGAAACUGAAUCCCUUCAGUGAAGAUUUUGACCACAAACUGGCCAUGUCCACACGCCUGCACAAAGGAGACGAAGGCUAUGGCCGGCCGAAGGAAGGCACCAAAACCGCUGAAAGGGCCAAGAGAGCAGAGGCUCACAUUCACAGGGAGAUUAGAGAUCUGUGUUUCAUCAUUAAAACCAUGGCUAAGCCACGGCGUGACGGCAAGAUCCAAGUCACUUUUGGGGAACUCUUUGAGAGAUAUGUUCGUAUUUCAGAUAAGGUUGUUGGGAUUCUCAUGAGAGCCAGGAAACAUGGGCUGGUGGACUUUGAGGGAGAAAUGUUAUGGCAAGGAAGGGAUGACAAUGUCAUAAUUACUUUAUUAAAAUAAGCAUGCUCCAAGAGCAACAUGCCUUGGAAAACCUCAUUUUUCCUUUGCUAUUAGCUUUUGCACAUUUGGAAUAUAAGAUUUUUUCCAGCCCCUGGACAGAAAAGACAUCGAGCAUUUUUUUAAAUACAAGCUUUAUAACUGUUGCAUGAUAAACGUAACAUCCAAAUGGAAUUUUUUUCUACACCAGGAGAGCUUGCCAGAAGCUAUACACAGUAUACACUACUAUACACAGAGCAAAUAAGAAAAAAAAAAAA